AUCCGUCUAUUACCAUUACCACCGUUGACCGCGGGUGCCCCUCCUGUUUCCCUCCCACUCACAAUCUGACCAUGUCCACAACCAAUAUCCUGGCGGGUUGCGCCGCGUCCACCAUACUCCUCUCCCGUCACACCCAGUUCGGCGCGAUCACCACUUUCAUACUGCUAACCUCCCUAGUCUUAACCUGCAAGCUCCUAUACCGCGUCAUCCUCUGGCCCAAGCUCCUCUCGCCAACCCGACACCUACCGGGGCCUUCCAGCCCCAGCUUCCUGAUGGGAAACUUUGCCAUAAUCCAAAAAAUGCAAUCGGGGGGGCCGCACGCCAUCUGGUUGCGCACCAUCCCGAAUAGCGGACUGCUACGGUACCUGGGCAUUUUCAACACUGAGCGCGUGUUCCCCACAACGCCGGAGGUGCUGAAGGAAGUGCUGCACACCAAGAGCUAUACCUUCAUCAAGCCGACGCUGCUGACGAACGACAUUGGCCGCAUUCUCGGGAAGAGGGGACUGCUUUUCGCGGAGGGUGAGGAGCACAAGGUACAGAGAAAGCUGCUGUUGCCGGCCUUCUCGCACGCGCAUAUCAAGGGGCUGGUGCCCGGGUUUUGGUCCAAGGGGGUGGAAAUGACGGAGAAAGUGGCCGAGGUGGUGCGCGCUUCCCAGAGCGCUGGCGGGGGGGAGCAGGGGGUGGUGGUGGAGAUGGGGAAAUGGUGCUCAUUGGUGACGCUGGAUAUAAUCGGCUCUUCCGGCUUUGGUUAUGAAUUCCGCGCGCUGGAGAGCGCUUCCGUGAGCGGUAGCCCGGAAGAAAAGUCCGGCUCCGAGUUGGCUGACGCAUACAAUACAAUCUUCAACAUGGGCAGUCCAUCCCGAAUUGUGGCGAUCCUAUCCUUGAUAUUUCCUGCUUUCCUCGUGCAGUCCCUCCCGCUGAAGCGAACCCGCGACGUCGCGCACGCAGCGUCCACAAUAAGACGUGUAACCGCACAGAUCAUCGCGGCCAAAAAAUCCGCCCUGGCCACCUCCCAGGAAGAUGCCGAAUCCAAAGACAUCCUCUCCGUAAUGCUAAAAUCGAACGCCUACACGGGCUCGGACGGGGAGUCCAGCAUGCGUGACCAGAUGAUGACCUUCCUAGCCGCCGGGCACGAAACGACCGCUACGUCAAUGAUCUGGGCCAUACACACCUUAUCCCUGCCGGAGAACAGGCACAUCCAAUCCCGCCUCCGCGCUGAGAUCCACGCCGCGUUCCCCUCCGGCGCGCCGGCGACCAUCACAUACGACCAGCUCUCAAGCCUGAAGUACCUCUCCCACAUUACGUCCGAGGUGCUCCGCUUGUACCCCCCUGUCGGCGUGACGCUGCGCGUAGCAGCCGAGGAUACGAGUCUGAAUGGGGUGUUCGUGCCGAAGGGUACGUCCAUCGUGAUCUCCCCGUUCGCGAUGAACAGAAGCGCGGCGCUGUGGGGCGCCGACGCGGAGGAGUUCAGGCCCGAGCGGUGGGCUUGCGGGGAGGAUGGGACGGCCACCGUUGAGAGCAAUUAUGGGUUCCUCACGUUCCUGGCUGGGCCUAGGGGGUGCAUUGGGAAUGUGUUUGCCAAGGUGGAGUUUAAGUGUCUGCUUGCGGCCGCGAUUGGCAAGUUCGAGUUUGAGCAGGAUGGGAAGAGGGAAUUGGUUGUUAAGGGGAGCAUCACGGCGAAGCCCCGGGGGGGCAUGCCUGUUACGGUUAGGGAGGUGGUUUGGGGGUGAAUUUUUGGGAUAUUUUGUGAAUAUUGUUUAUUAUCGAGGGGCGAAGGAAGGAUGGAAGGAUAGAAUCAUAUGCGGUCACUCGACUGUUUCUGCGCCAUCA